CUCCAGACCGACACUUACACCAUUCUAAAUAUCCUGUACAAACGACACUUGACAACUGAAGAAAACACGACCACCACCAAGACCGGACAGACUUUGACCCAGACAACCCAAAAUUAUGCUAUGCCUAGCUUUGAAUUGCUGCGGACCCGUGUGGCUGACCUCCAGACUUUGGAGAAUGCUGGAGUGAGUGAGAUUGUAUGGAGGAGGCUGGUUCGAUUGAUUAAUGAGACUGAAGACCAAAAUCUGGAGACAGCAGGUUCUGUGAUGUUGGGUCUCUCCUGUGUGUUGGGAGGACUGGGCCUGCUACUGAAGAUCAGCUUGAAAGGCCUUAUACAGGCCGUGGUUGCUUUGGAGCUUGAUGUUGACCAGGACAAGAUGAAGGGAGCUGGUCAGACAGACUCCUGUAUUGAUGCUGCAACUAUUCCAGUGUUGACCUCCAAGAACAGUGGCUCUAACAAGAAGAGAGGCCGACUCUCCAAGAGGAGACACCACUGAACACCCUGCUGCAAAUAUGGGCCAUUAUUCUUUUUGCACUUGAAAGAUUUUGAUAAAGAUUUUGCUUAUUACUAUACUUGAUGUUUCCAUUUCAUUAUUUUGCUCAAUUGAUAUUUUUUUGUAGAAGUUUCAAUAGUUUUUAAAAUGACCUCAUUCAGAUGGGCACAAAAACAAGACAAGAGGUUGCUUUACAGUGGAGCAUUAUAGUUUUUCUCAGUCGCUUUGGUGCAUUUUUCACAUCAUCCCUAACAUGUGCAAAAUAAUAAGUGCAUUU